AACCUCGGCUCGCUUGAGGUGACGGCCGCGCGGAUUUGUACAUCCCAACUCGACUCGCGCGCCCCACCAAUCCAACAACAAAUGGCGUGCUGCCGGCAGUGACCUGUAUUAAAGAACGCUUGGCAGGUUGAGCUGGACAUGCGUUCUCUUCUCCGGUGUCUUCCGCUGCAUUUUCAGGAGUAGAGAGAACCAAGGGAGGCACUGCAACAAGAAUAUGUUUGAUAGCUACACUUCGUAGAGGAAGAAGUAUCCGGGAAGAAUGGAUGAGACCGGGGAUGCUCCUCUGAGGUCCUGCAUGUUCCUUGUCGGUGACGAGAAAGAGCGGCUUAUAAUUGAAGCAACCAAUAAGAUCUCUUUUGAAGAUGCAAAGCUUGAUGAGAUGGCCAUCGCAGAAAACUACAACCUUUGCAAAAUUGUUGCCUCAAAGGAGAAGAUGAUCAAAGAGCUGAAAGAAUCAAAAGCGCAUUCAGACCAGGAGUUGACCGAUGCAACUGCAAGGCUUGAAUUUUCACAAAAACAAUGCGCCUCCCUCAGAUAUGAGGUGCGCAUGCUUCAGGAGGAGCUUGAGAUUCGGAGCAAAGAGCGAGAGUACGACCUCAAAUCAAUGGAUGCUGGUCGGAAGAAGCAGCAGGAGAGCAUGAAGAAGAUAACUGCACUAGAAGCAGAAUGCCAGAGGCUACGGGCCAUGGUCCAGAAGCGUCUGCCAGGCCCUGCGGCGUUGGCAAAGAUGAAAGAUGAGGUCAAGCGACACGGUUCUAGUUCUGCUGAGAAUGGAACAAGAAAGCCACGUGCAGGUGCAGGUGCAGCAGCGCAGCCACAGCAGUCGAAGCAUUCCAUGUCUGAAGGUCACCUUGUCAAGCUGCAGGAACUGGGCGAUGAAAACAGACAGCUCAGGCAGUUGUUGGCCCAGAAGGAGAGCGACCUGCAGUUUGUGUUGUCCAAGUACGCAGACGCAUGCAAGCUGUCAAUACUGCAAAUGCAGCAUGAAGAAUUGUAUGGUAGUCAUGGUUUAACAGAGAAUAUCCAUCCAAAACCAAUGGUGAGCGCAUUUGCCAAGCCGGAGCACUCCAUGUCUGGGAAGCAACUGGUGUCUAAGGUUAGGAGCAGGAGCAGAAGAAUCACAGGAUCUGACAUGCAAUUGCUUGUUCAUCCUCUGGAUAUUGAGAAACUAGAGAGGGCAUCCAGACCUUCAAGUGCCCCACAUCAGUCUGUGGAUGCAUUUGAUACGGACUCAAAAAUGACUGAUUCAGACACAUUUCACAGAGAUGUCACCCCCGAUGGUUUAUCUGACAAGUGUCCCGAAUGGAUCCAGGACGUUUUGAAUGUAAUCAUACACAAGCAUCAAAGCAGUAAGAUAAGCAUUGCUGUCAUUAUUGAUCAAGUAACACAUGCACUGAAGAAUGUGAUAUCUCCCAAAGGAGAUGAUGGUGCAAACUUUUCCUAUGGCAGCGCAGAGAUAGAAAAGAUGGUGGCUACUCUGAUAGGAAGAGUAAGCAGCAUGGCUGAAAGAUCUAGCAAAGACAAUGUUAUGAGUUCCCGAUCACUCUCUCAUGAAAAGUCUGAACUCACUUUGCGACUCGAGCAUCUAGUUCAUGUCUGCAGUGACGUACUAGAUGGAAAGGCUAACCAUGAAAGGCUCACUGAUGAAGUUUGCUUGAUCCUAGAGUGGAUGGUGAGACGAUGCCUUUUGUGUCCUGAUGGAAUAGACAUUGUGGAGUACACAACAAAUAAUUCUGAUGGAAAUGAGUCCCAGAGGACAUUAAGCAUUCAUGAAAAAGAUAUGGUGCAGAGUAUAAUAAAUUCGAAAAUGGUUUCAGGAACGCAAAAGGAGAACGCAACAGGAUAUGGUGCUGAAGACCUUAUCCCUGCUGUAAUAUUAGAAAAACAUUCUCAAAUUGAGUUGAUCAGUUCUAAGCUUGUUGAAGACUUAGUGGCUCUUACACAAGAGCAGGGUGAUAGUUGUCAGGGACAGCAUUUGGUAUGCUGUGAAGCAAAAAGUGCUGCUUCUGACGGGAGCAAAGACAAGUUAGCAGAAGAAGAGGGAAACCAGAUCACAACGGCCUCAGCAAUAUCUGCAGCAGCCAAGAAACUUGCAGAAUGCCAAGAAACAAUGGCGAAUCUAAGUAAGCAGCUGCAUGCUCUAGAAAGUCCGGCAAAUACAUACCCAUCAUCAGAUAAAGAGAAACGCGGUACCCUGCCCCCGUCCGCUGAGCUUGACGCAACAGAGAAGAAACGACACUGUGAGCCUGACGCAAAUGCAACUGAGAAGAGAGAACACGAGCAAGAUUCUGUCCGAAGCCCACAGCCUGCUAAAAGUGCUCCGACGACCCUGGUCGUUGUUCGUCCGACGGCCCCGAAGUCACCCCGACAACCCAUUUCUGUUGACACAAAGAAGAAGAAGAAGCACCGUGCUAACCUUCUGAGCAGGCUUGUCUUCAGAAAGAAAGGAUAAAACUGGGACUCAGCGUCGGCCUAAAAACUGAGUCAUCAGUACAGUUGUUCAGCACUUGGGAGCUCGUUCUUGCGUUUUAAGUUAUACCUCGACUGAUCUUAAGUUAUUUCCAAUUCCAAUAAAAAUGAACCUACUGCACCUACGGUGUGUAAUUUAUUUGGUAUUUAUUUGGAUGUAAGUUAUGUUGUACUUGA